UUAUUUCGAAUAUUGAUGGUGACGACGUGUAUGAAUACAAUAUGGCGGCGAAAAGGAGUGAAGAGUUUUAAUUUCCAAGUGAUAUGUCGUAAUUCCUUUUAACAAGAAGCACAAACACCAUCGAAGAUGGCAGAAAUGGAGACACUGUACAAACAAACUAACAAAUUAACAUUGGAAAUCCAGGGGCUUCUCAACAAAUUGGCUACAAGCAGGGGCGAGGAUGCCAAUGAUCUUGAAAACCGCAUUGAAUCAAAUUUACAAACCAUUGCAUCCAACUGCGAGAGAUUGAGCAUUUUAGCAAAUAAAGAACCAACACACAAAAGGCAAAAUUCUAAAUUGAAGGUUGACCAACUCAUUUAUGACCAGCGCCAUUUGGGGGCUGCGUUAAGAAACUACAGACAGAAACAAAUGUUACAGAGAAGGGAAGACCAGGAAAGAGAGGAAUUAUUACAAAGAAAAUUUACAGCAAAUAAUGGAGAUACAUCUAUAAUGAUUGACCAUGCUCUACAACACAACUCCAGUCUACACAAUGCAUCACAAGGGGUUGAUGAUCUCUUGGGAAGCGGAUCAAGUAUUCUCACAAAUCUCAAAGAGCAAAGAGUGACAUUAAAAGGAGUACACAAGAGAAUUCUUGAUGUUGCAAGCACGCUUGGUCUUUCUAAUACAUUGAUAAGGCUGAUUGACAAGAGAGGUACCCAGGACAAAUGGAUAGUAUUUGGUGGAAUUGUAAUCACAUGUAUAAUCAUGUUCCUGGUAGUGAAAUAUCUCACAUAACUUUAUGAUCUAUAUGGGUUGAAGCAGAGAUUUUAAUUACAAUAAUUAGUUAUUUCAUAUAAAUGCAGAGUACAAAGUUAAGUUUGCUAACGGUGAAAAUAUAGUGUAAUUAAUAUUUUAGUAAAUUUAUAAAAAUGCAAUCUGUUAUUCUGAGUGAAUUUGCCUCUCUGGAUUUCAAAAUUCUAUUAUACAUAUCUCAAACCAGAUUUUUAAAAUUUGCACGCAUUGGUAAUUUC